AUGGCUCAUCCAAUUCACGAAGCCAAUGAGGAGAGCCCCUAUGGAAACUUAACAAAGGAGGAGUUCUACAAAAAACACGACAUUCUCCACCAAGAGAGCUUCAUGAUCAACUCCCAAAACAUGCGAAUCUUCACCCAGUCGUGGCGGCCGGCGGAUCCCGGCCGCCGCGUCAGGGCCCUCGUCGGCAUGAUCCACGGCUACACCUCGGAGAGCGGCUGGCUCUUCGAGCUGAACGCCGUGGCCGCCGCCAAGGCCGGCUUCCUGGUCGUGGCCCUCGACCUGCAGGGCCACGGCCUCUCCGACGGCCCGCCCGACCACAUCGCCGACGUCCAGCCCCUCCUGCGCGACUGCCUCCUCUUCUUCGACGCCGCCCGCGCCCGCCACCCGCGCCUCCCGCACUUCCUCUACGGCGAGUCCCUGGGCGGCGCCCUCGCCGCCCUCGUCUGCCUGCGCCAGAAGGCGGCGUGGCGCGGGCUGAUCCUCAGCGGCGCCAUGUGCGAGGUGUCGCGGAAGUUCAAGCCGGUGUGGCCGCUGGAGAAGCUGCUGCCGGCGGCGGCCUUCGUGGCGCCGGAGUGGAGGAUCGCGAUCACGCCGCCGCCGGGGCGGCUGUCGUACAGGGAGGGGUGGAAGGGGAGGCUGGCGGGGAGGAGCCCCAACCGGCGGACGUGCGGCCGGCCCACGGCGGCGACGGCGCUGCAGCUGCUGAAUGUGUGCGAGUAUGUGAAGAGGAACUGCGGCGAGCUGGAGGUGGCGAUGCUGAUCCUGCAUGGCGGCGACGACGUGAUCUGCGAUCCCGUGGGGGCGGAGCACCUGCACCGGACCGCCGCCAGCAAGGACAAGACGUUGAAGAUAUACGACGGCGUGUGGCACCAGCUCAUUGGCGAGCCGAAUGACGUGGUGGAGGAGAAUUUCAACACCGUGCUGACGUGGAUACAAGUGAGAGCUGAUUUGGCAAACCCCAAUUGA